CGAUUGGACUGGUCGGCUUCGAAUAUUGCUCUCGCAAAUUCCACCGCGCCGCCGCCGCCCGCCGGAGCAGCCUCUAGACCCACCAUCCAGCUCCUCCCCCUUGUCCAUGGAGGCGGCCGCCGCCCCACCUUCUCUGCGCCCGCACCGCUCGCGCAGCAUCAACCCUGCUCCCGCCACGCGACCGGGCCCGAAACCUAGGCCGUGGGGCCUACUGGGGGCGAACCGCCAGGCCAACGCCGUCAGGUGCGAGCUGCCCCGGCGCCCGGAGCCGCGCCCCCUCCGGGCCAGCGCGAUGGCGGAGGACGGUGGUGACGCCGGCGGGGCUGGGCGGAGGAAGCGGCUUGCGGUUUUCGUCUCCGGCGGGGGAUCCAACUUCCGGGCGAUCCACGAGGCCGCGCUGGCCGGGGAGGUGCACGGGGACGUCGUCGCGCUUGUCACCGACAAGCCAGGCUGCGGUGGUGCAGAGUACGCCAGGAGCAGCGGCAUUCCGGUCGUUGUGUUCCCGAAGUCGAAGAGUGCGCCGGAGGGAGUCUCGGUCCCUGAACUCCUCGAUACGCUGAGGGAACAUGAAGUUGACUUUGUUCUUCUUGCUGGUUACUUGAAACUUAUACCUGCUGAAUUGGUUCGGGAAUUCCCAAGAUCCAUAUUAAACAUCCAUCCUUCUCUCCUUCCGGCAUUUGGAGGCAAAGGCUACUAUGGUUUAAAGGUUCAUAAAGCAGUUGUUGCCUCUGGUGCAAGAUACUCGGGCCCAACUGUACACUUUGUGGAUGAGCACUAUGAUACAGGAAAAACAUUAGCGCAGAGGGUUGUGCCGGUGUUUGCGGAUGACACACCAGAGUUAUUGGCUGCGAGAGUCCUUCAUGAGGAGCAUCAAGUCUAUGUUGAAGCAGUUGCUGCUUUGUGCGAGGACCGCAUUGUAUGGAGAGAAGAUGGCGUCCCACUCAUCAAAAGCCAGCUAAAUCCGGAUGUAUACCUCUAAUUGACGAUUCUGGCACCCUUUUGAAGCAAUAAAAAUUGUAAAGCCCAGCAAUAAAAAUUGUAAAGCCCCGCCAGUUUUCCCCAAGGCAAGGGGUACUUAACAGUUAACAUAGGCUGAUAUGGUGCCAACUUAGUUGUCAUCUAAACA